AACUUCUGAUCAGGCUGAAGCGCAUCACGGUGACGCCGCCGCGCUCCUGCAGCCGCAGAACCAAAGCCUGGCGUGGGAUCGGUCCCUGCUGCGCCUCAUCUGGAAGAACCACGGGAAAAUCCACAAAUUUCAUUAGCGGGUGCUUUUUUUUUUUCUUUUUUUUUUUUCUUUCCUAAAGGAGGCGAGCAGUGUUGAGAAUAAUCCCUUUUGGGCAAACGCUUCCAUUGGAAGGGGGGGUUUUCUGUAGUUUGCAGGAGCCACAGCAGAUUUAUUUCGAUAGAGGAUCGCCAGACACAGGCUGCAAUAAGGAACCAUGGGAAAGCAGAACAGCAAGCUGACUCCCGAGGUGAUGGAGGAUCUGGUGAAGAACACAGAGUUUAAUGAACACGAGCUGAAGCAGUGGUACAAAGGCUUCCUGAAAGACUGCCCCAGUGGCAGGCUGAAUCUGGAGGAGUUCCAGCAGCUGUAUGUCAAGUUCUUCCCUUACGGAGAUGCAUCAAAAUUUGCACAACACGCCUUCAGGACCUUCGACAAAAACGGGGACGGGACCAUUGACUUUCGAGAGUUCAUCUGCGCCCUGUCCAUCACAUCCCGCGGCAGCUUCGAGCAGAAACUGAACUGGGCUUUCAACAUGUAUGACCUGGAUGGUGACGGCAAAAUCACCAGAGUGGAGAUGCUGGAGAUAAUCGAGGCGAUCUACAAAAUGGUGGGCACCGUGAUCAUGAUGAAGAUGAACGAGGACGGUUUGACACCGGAGCAGCGGGUGGACAAGAUCUUCAGCAAAAUGGAUAAGAACAACGACGACCAGAUCUCGUUGGAGGAGUUCAAGGAGGCGGCGAAGAGCGACCCGUCCAUCGUGCUCCUGUUGCAGUGUGACAUGCAGAAGUGAGCCGCCCCCCCUGCUCGCUCCUCUCCCGACCCCCCCCCCCACCCCACCCCGUCUGUAUCCACACACUCUGGACUGCAGCACACGUUUUAAUGUCUCAUUAGGUUCUCUGCCAUUUCCACAGGAAAAAAAGAAAAAAAUCAAUGCUUGGACUAUUUUUCAAUGGACUCGCUUCUUGUGGUUGUAUGCAUGAGAAUGUCAAAUGCUGAAUAAUUUUGAAUAUAGCUAUAAGAUAUCAUACAUUUCUAUCUCAGAACAUGCCGACGUGAUUUGUGCACAGUGACCCUAUACAUCCCCAUUCAACCCCUAGCUUGUAUAUCAGUGGAGCACUGCAUUCAAAUUAUGUUUCUGCAGUAUUUAGGAUCCCCCCAAGUGUUCACUGCUACAACUACUGUACGCUUUACAUGAUGAUAGUAACAAAACAAUAAUUCCUAUGAUAAUUGUAACUGUCUCUACUAUCCAGACCUGUUGAGCUCUUGGAGAAUAGAGAAGCUCCUGUCUGUUCCAGAUGUUUUCACACGGUGGAACCAAGAAGAGUAGGUUCUUUGCAUGCAUAUAUUAUGUGUCAAAAAAUAUAAUCUCUUACCUUUUUGCAUCUUUAGGUGGUUAUAAAAGAGAAACCCUCAUACUAAAUUCAUUUAAUAUUGUUGCAUGGGAUGUACAGUAUGUGACUCAUUAGCUCAUCCGUUCACCUCCAGUAAUGUGGGAGCAUGCUUCCCUCCAUCUGAUACACAUUUAUGUGUGACACUUGAGUUUUGGGGGAGGUAUACCCGGGUUGCGGUGGCGGGCUAAAGUCCGAGGAACGUUUUUCACCCAAACAUUGUUUUAUGUUCCUCUCGUUCAUGUGACGCCCCGACCCCUUAUGAUUCAGCUGUACUGCUGCCGCUCAAUCCAAAGGAAAAGGCUCAAAACUGCAGUUGUCAUCAGGCGCAGUACUUAGACAUUAUCCCCCCCCCCCCCCCCCCCCCCCCCCCCCCCCCCCCCCCACCACAAUGAUGUAGAAUUGGCUUCUUUUUUCAAGCAGCUUGUUUGAGUUAGGCGUAAAAAAAAACGACUUUAAAUAGUACAUAUCAACAUGUUUACAGAAAUGAAGAGCACUGCAAACUGAGUGCAAGUCCUGGCUUUUGACUGCUGGGAGCUCGCUCUCAAGGCUGGGGACCUUUUGAGGGGGGCUCCACUUCCAAUGCAGCAAAAACAGUUGGAGAAAAAAAAAGAAAAAAAGAAG